GUCAGCGGUCGCCUUCAGCCAAUGGGGACCAGAAUAGGGGCAGAUCAUCCACAAAGGACAUUGUGCGGCCCGGCUCACCUAUAGCAGAUGUAGACCGCGUUUGGGUCGCACCUCGGGUUCCAUCGCCUGUUGAUCGGUCAGCGCCACACGAAGGGAAACAUCGUGAAGCCGAGCAACCUCCUCACAAAGAGCGCGAGCGUCGCGAGACUCCUCGCGAUGCCGACAGAAUGUCGACAACAAGUACGUUAUCUACAUCAUCCCCUAUCAUCAUCCCUCGUCGGCGUAUCUGCUCCUCCUGGGGUACAGGGCGCAAUGCCUUGGCUGCAUCCCGCGCAACCUCGAGAGUUGAGCUGCGCAGUACCAUAUUUCGUUCUUUUGUAUUCGACUUCUUCCUCGCAUGGACACACGGACGCUCAUCAUGGAUCCCUAUCUUCUUCCUCCUUUUCCCCCUAUCCUUAUAUCUAUCCUCCUCUUUUUUCUUUUCUCCUUUGUUAUUAUCUAGGACCCAGAUCGCCUAUCAGUCACAGUCGUGACGCUCAGUAUCCGCCUACAUUGCCGUCUUCGAACGAUACCGACAUUGCGCGCAAUGAGUUGUCGUCCGCAGCAAGGCAGAAAAGUCGCUUUACUCAAGCGCCUUCUGCCCAAAUAGACCAACGAACUCCAGGUUUACCCGACAAGCCCUCGCGAGAUUUGCGCCCUCAAGCCAGGUCGCCGAGCGCAGAUGGUACUCGGUCUCGUCAUCGAACAAGUGAUCGUCAUAAAGCUGAUGCAAGAGCUCACGAAAGCCCGGACAUGGCGCCUCAGACGUUGCCCCAAGCUCCGCAGGAGCAGUUGGCACCCCCACCCCCAUCCCCUCCAAUCGAACGCUCUCGAAAACGGAUACCUUUGCCACCACAACGUGACAGCUUCCAGGAGGGUGCACGUGGCAGAACAGAUACUGAGUAUCGCUCGCCACCGUCGACCACUCGUGACAGCGCUCCGGCUUCUCGGUUGAUUAACAACGAUGCACGCAUUCCUUCGGGUCCACGCCUGUCUCCUUUGGAGAUGUCAAGAGAAAACAGACCCUCUGACGCCAGAGGGCCUCGGCAAGCGCCUUCCAGCUCUGCGCUUCACCCGAAUUCUCAGACAGACACUCAUGCUCACCAUGAGUCUAGGGACAAACGAGACAAAGAUCAGAUGGAUGUUGAUGACCAUCCUCCAGCUAGUAUCACUAAGUCCACUGAACCUUCUCGACAGCUUGCGACCAGCCAGCGCUAUCGAGAGGACCGUGACGGUUCCGCUCCUAAGCGUCCUCGGGCGAUGAUGGACGAUGUUGAGAUGCCUGCACGACGGAGAUCUCCAGAUCGCUCUCCCAAACUGUCGCGUUCUGAAUGGAAAGAACCUCAUCGCACAGCGCGCGAUGAUAUAUCGCGCGCUGCGCCCUCACGGGAUGAACGUCGUGCCCCUCCUGAAUCAUCGACUCGGACUUCUCGCGAAACUGCUCGUCGUCAGGUUGAUAUGUCAAGGCCGCCUCCUAGCGCCCCAACCCCAAAGCUUUCUGGAACAAACAGUAUGCCGAUUGGUGGUCGGGGUAAUCGUUUUGGCGGCUCUGCGUCAAUUUCACCGCAUCCGCCGCUACCGUCUGCGCCUUUCCCGCCUCCAGCCAGUUCUGCUUCAUGGCGGGGCACUCAUUUGUCUGGAAGUAACGCGCAGCCUGUGGUUUCCCGCCCUGUUCGUCCACUCACUGGUGCCAAAGACAGUCACGAGCGACCGCCCCAUCUCGAUGGUGCCCAUGACAGAGAUCGUUCAACUAAGAUCCCUGCUGAUUCACGUCGGCAAACUGAGCGUGUAGUUUCACCUGUACGCCCUCUGUUGUGUGGAAAUGAACUGGCCUAAUAAGAAGUUUAUUUUACAGCUCCUUCCGCGCAAGCCUCUCUCUGUGCCUGACCCACCUGUGAAUGUGCCAAACAAUGCUGAUUUACCAUCACGACUAGGCGCACGUCCGGCAAGAACUCGCUUUGGACCUCCAGUUCUGGAACCUGAG